GUGGCGGUGUUUAUCGGUGCUUGUUAGCUUUAGUACUCGGGCGACGGGAAAAAUGAUUUAUUUACGAUUGUCGUAAUAGUGUAGAGAAGUGUAAAAGUGAAGAAAAAAAGCUAUAAUAUACAAUGAAGACAUUACGACCAGUGAGAAACCACUACUGAAGAAUUAUUGAUUAAAUAAAGAAUGAAGAAUGACUAACACCUUCUUAUCAAGCGAUUGUAAAAUGACUAACGUGAAGUUUAGGAAUGCAUCGUCUUCGUAGCAGGCGUGUUUAUCAUCAUGUUAUCGCUGACAAAGCAGUGUAAUCUGAUGAUAAAACCCACUUUUACAUGACUAAAUUGAAGUUUUUAAAGUAAAAAUUCGUUUUAAGUGCGUGUCAAAUUAAAAGUGAACCUCUAGUGCUUUUUUACGGGCAACUGUCUACCAUUUAUUAGAUACGUUACAUAUUUCGAUAGCAUAAAUUCCUGAUGGACCCCUGAGGGCGGGUGUCAACAAGCUGUAAAAGAAAGAAAAAUAGUUGAAGAGUGAAGGACACCACUGACUGCAGUACAUAACACAGCACGCGACGAGCCUCCCCGAAGGAUAUUAACUGGUGACUGGGUAUCCGCAGCGCUGGUGGGAUGUCGUGAACCAGUUGAAGAAAGUUGCAUUUCCAUAAAGUGGCCUGAAACUUACUCGUAAAAGUGUAACUAAACAACCAAACAAAGGAACGAACUGUCUAGGAAGAGCUAUGAGCGCUGCCAGCAUACUAGAACUGCAGACGUGGAUUGUGUACCAGAGAAUUGCAGCCGAAUGUGCCCACUGUUUGUGAUAUUAUUUUCAACGAAACAACAAUAGCUUAUCGCACAACACAUCUUAAGUUCGUUUGUGUUAUUAGUAACGUUCGACUAUCGCCAGCCAGCCGACCACUUGAAAGCUUUUACAUGUUGCAAUACCUUGCUAGUGGUGGACUCUCGAACAGCACAAGAAAAACACCGCUCGAGUUGAUAAACAACAACUUUUUUGCCUAUUCGUUAUCGUCGUUAUCAAUCUUCAGCAAUUGAAAGUGACUGCUGACAGCAGAUGAUUCGGAUUGAUUGAAAAAGUAGAUCGCUGCUGCGUAAACGUGUUUUGUGUGUUGUGUAUCGGCAAAGGUACGAGCGGAACCGGACGAGCCGAGGGGAUUUUUUUUUCAACCUAAAGGACGGAAUAUGUUACCGGUUUGCUGAAGGUCGCUCGUGACGGCACUGCCGAAAAAAAAAACAAAAAUAAAGAAAUUGUUUGCUGCUACACCGGCGGCGGCCGGUUUGACCUUAAUUGAAGUGAAAACAUAGCUGUCGAUUUAUGUGUACAAGUAGUGAGUGACGCGCAGUAGAAACAAAGCAAAACACAUUAAUUUCCAAACAUUAGGAACGAACUCAUCUGGCGACAACAGCAAACAGUAUUCGACCGGAGAACCCUGACGGAUACAUUUCCUUUUCCACAGUAACUAAUUUGUUGGAAUUAACGGUUUCCAAAACGGCUGAACUUCGUCUUUUCUGCUUGUAGGAGGAAAAUGAUCGAUACCGUUAUGACCGAUAAUGCCUUCAAAGCCAGAGACAUCGGUCUUCGUGCACAGAAGAAAAUUCUGUCUCGGAUGGCCACCAAGAACGUUGCCAAAGUGUUCAUUGACGGUACGACCGCUUCCCUGCUGGACAACGUCUACCGGUUAGCCAAGACACAUACCGGCAGCAAGAAGGACGCCGAACGUCUAGUCAAGAACGUGAUCAAAAUCGUGAUCAAAAUUGCCGUCCUGCACCGCAACAAUCAGUUCAACGCCGACGAGCUGCGGAUGGCGGACCAGUUCCGCACCAAGUUCCAAACGCUGCAGAUGGCCAUCAUAUCGUUCUACGAGGUGGACUACAGCUUCGAUCUGAACUAUCUGCUCAAGUCGCUGCAGGCGGUGCACGGGUUGUGCAAGUCGUGCGUCGAGCGCCACCUGACGGACAAAUCGAUCGGCCGUAUCGACGAGGUGUUUGCGUUCUUCAGUGAUCCCACACUGCUGGAGACGGCUUUCCGGCAGGAUUCGCCCUACCGGGAGCUGAUGGAUAAGAUCAUUGCCGAUCUCAACAAGGCGAUGGAGAAUGGGGAUAUUUAGGGUGGGACUUAUUUUCAGUUUUUUUUUGUUGGUGUAAAAGUAUUUUGAGAAAAGGCACGGGCGGGUGUUUAACCGUCUUGUUGCCCAAUAAUUUGUAUCGUUUUUUGUUCUACUGUUUAACUAGUUGUAAAGGAACAGCCAGAGUGGGGUUUCAUUGCACCGAAACACAGCUGUUAUUAGCUUGAGCAAAGUUAUUUUAACUUAUAAUAGACGAUUAUUUAUCAACAGUUCAAUAAACGUUGCUUGCCACUUAAAUGUCUAAUAGCGUAGGAACAUAAGAAAAUUGCCUAACCUAUAUAUUAGAAUUCUGAUACUUUUCAAUACGGAAUACGGAGCUAGAUCAUACUCAAAGAUUGUUUUAGUCAUUACUUGUGUAAAGAAAAAGGAGAUUGUCUGACACUGUCAUGUUGCUUUAAUGUAUAAAAAACAGCAAAUUAUCAAGAAUAGUACAUUUGCGAUAGCAUAUAGUGCUUGCUGGAGGACGAAAGUUUUAAUUUCCAAGAAGAGCUGUAAAUAACAGCAUUGAGUGCACUGGCCAUUUUUUGCGCACUUUCGAAGAAUCAGCGUAAACUAAAUAUUUGUUCCAAGCUGUUGGAACGACUUAGGCAGAUUCAAAAUUAUUAUUCCUUGAGUUAGCCACAAUACCGGAAUUGAGUUGAGAUCCGAUAUAUCAUGAUAACUUGACAACAUGUAAAAUUUUUAUUAAACAGUUGCAUACAAAAGCUAUGCUUUCCGCGGUAUUUAUACUAGAUCUUAUCACUAAGUUAAACAAAAACUAUCUAAGUCAGUCGUACUAGAGAGAGCCUAUUUCUGCGCAAAACACAGAAAACUCAUAUCAAGGCACACAAAACAAUUUACAGUCUAUAGGGACUGUGUAAGAUGUACUUAAAAUCACGCACUGAACAAUAAACAACAAAUAUUUCUAAGUAUGAUAGAUAGUCAGUCAGUCAGUCACUGAGGACUGUGGCACGCCAUGUUUAACACGUACUAACAUACCUAAAAACCGAACUUAUAGAGAAAAACACAUCACUCGGCACACUCGGUGAAAAAACUAGAAAAACAACGGAAAAAAACACUCACAAAAUGGACCAGUUAUUCUCCUGUAGUACUUCAGUUUACAAAACAGCUAGCUAAAAACAAUAUCAGUUAGGAAACGAAAAUGAAAACCUAAUCCAAUCACUGCACACAAAACGAAAAUUCGAAAUACUCAAGUUUCGUUGGAAACGAUGAAAACAAAAAAUAAAUGAGAAAAUUUGCUUAUAACAUUGAUGGAACAUGCAGCAGUUUACAAACGUUCAAAUUCAGUUUGCGAGAUUUACGAGAUGAUAUUUUGAAUGAUUAACGCUGGCAGGUAAUAAAACAAA